GGAGGGAUGAAGGUGGGGAGGAUGACGAGGAGAGGAGAGCAGCAGGAAGGAAACACCACCCUCAUCGCCAUGGAGACCAGUCCAGGGAGCAGCUACGGCAGCAUCGCCACAAAUGCACCUGGUCAUGUUUCGGUUUCCCAGAAUGCACCUGGUCGGCCGAGGGACAGGAACGUGUUCAGCGAUGGAACGACUCGAGUCGAUUUCGUCCUGGUGUGGGAGGAGCCUCGGGGGGUCCAGGAGGCGGGGUCAGGAGUUAGCGCCGCCCACGUGAGGUGGAGGGAGGAGUUUCUGAGCCGACUGGGACGGGCGGGACUCCUGCAGGAGAAGAAGCAGGUCCUGCAGAGGAAGACCAGGACCGUGUUCGUGCUCCUCAGCGCCCCCUGGAGCCUCCUCUGCUUCUACGCCGAGGAGAUCCGGCUGCGGGUGCCGCUGCAGGAGGUCCGGGCCCCCAUGGAGAACUGGUCCCAGCAGGCCCUGGCCCGGCUGGGCGUCUCCAGCCCGCUGGCCCAGGACGUCCCCGCCCCGCCCCCAUACUUCUACACCUGCCCGUUCCGGGCCAGCAAGCUGCAGAGGUUCCUGGGCAGCGACGACACCCACAACUUCUUCAAGACGACUCAGCGCCACCAGGUGCUGUACGAGAUCCUGGCCAGGACGCCGUACGGUUCUGUCCCGAAGGGAGAGGUGGGAAUCGACCGGCUGGUGAGCGAGCAGGUCUUCACCGCCGCGUACCCGCUACACGAGGGGGGUUUCCGGCCGCCGGUCUCCCCAGGUGUCCCCGCGUCUCUCGGUCUGAGGCAGAUCCUCUACCUCUACUGGGCCCGCUGGUCCCGCUGGAGGUUCUACCAACCGCUGGACCACAUCAGGGAGUACUUCGGGGAGAAGAUAGCGCUGUACUUCGCCUGGAUCGGUUUCUACACCGGCUGGCUGCUCCCGGCGUCUCUGAUCGGGACUCUGGUCUUCCUGGUGGGCUUCUGGCUGGUGGCCACCGACGUCCCGGCGAAGGAGGUUUGUGAAAGUGAAGACGCCUUCAUCAUGUGUCCCAUCUGUAACAUCUGCUCCCACUGGAAUUACUCCAGCAUCUGUAUCACCUACAAGGCGGGUCUGCUGUUCGAUAACGGAGGGACGGUGUUCCUCAGCGUCUUCAUGUCUCUGUGGGCCGUCACCUUCCUGGAGUACUGGAAGCGGACGUCCUCGUCUCUGUCCCACCGCUGGGACUGCUCCGACUUCCAGGACAUCGAGGAGCGUCCUCGUCCCGAGUUCACCGCCAUGGCUCCCAUGACCCUGAGGAACCCGGUAACCGGAGAGGAGGAGCCGCACUUCCCCGACAACAAGAGGUUGAACCGGACGGUGACGGGAUGUAUGGUCAUCAUCAUCAUGGUCGCCGUGGUGUUGAUAUUCCUCAUCGCCAUCAUCUUCUACCGAACCAUCCUGAGCAUCAUCAUCUACAAGUCUGAGUACAGCUUCUUCAGCUUCUCCGUGAGAAUCAUUUACAGCAUCAAGCUUAAACCUCAGAGGCUCCGGGUAGCUUCCCUGAGGGACGCCACGCCCUCACGUUUCUGCUGUGUGUUUCAGGCUGGGAGGAUCGCCAGCUUGUCAGGGUCCGUGUUGAACCUGCUGGUCAUCCUGAUGCUGUCCAGAGUUUACAUCACGCUGGCCCACGUCCUCACCCGCUGGGAGAUGCAUCGAACACAAACCAAAUAUGAAGACAUGUUCAUCCUCAAAGUUUUCAUCUUCCAGUUCGUCAACUUCUACUCGUCUCCGGUUUACAUCGCCUUCUUCAAGGGCAGGUUUGUUGGUUACCCCGGCAACUACGACACGCUAUUUGGAGUUCGUAAUGAAGACUGCGGAGCGGGAGGAUGUCUGAUCGAGCUAGCGCAGGAAAUGCUCGUCAUCAUGGUGGGAAAACAGCUGAUCAACAACAUCCAGGAGUUCAUUUCCCCGAAGCUGAAGUCCUGGUGGCAGAAGAGGAGGCUCCGUCCCCACCUGAAGGAGAAGAGGGAGCAGCAGCAGGAGGAAGAGGAGGAGCAGGAGGAAGAUCAGGCGUCUCCCUGGGAGUCGGACUACCAGCUGCUGGUCUGUGAGGGUCUGUUCAGCGAGUACCUGGAGAUGGUGCUGCAGUUUGGCUUCAUCACCAUUUUCGUGGCGGCCUGCCCGCUGGCUCCGCUCUUCGCCCUCGUCAACAACUGGGUGGAGAUCCGUCUGGACGCCCAGAAGUUCGUGACGGAGUUCCGGCGGCCGGUGGUGGAGCGGGCGACGGGGAUCGGAGUCUGGUUCUCCAUCCUGCAGUUCAUCACGCACACGGCCGUGCUCAGCAACGCGUUCCUCAUCGCCUUCACCUCCUCCUUCGUGCCGCGGCUCUACUACCGCUACACCAGAGACGCUUCGCUGAGCGGCUUCACCAACUUCACCCUGGCUACGUCUCCGACCCGCUACAACCAGCAGCACAACGGGUCCUGCAGGUAUCGAGGGUUCAGGGACCAGGACGGCCGGUACCUGCCGGAGUAUUUCCACCUGCUAGCCGUCCGGCUCACCUUCGUCAUCGUCUUCCAGCACGUGGUCUUCUUCAUCGGCCGUCUGAUCGACAUGAUGGUUCCUGACGUUCCUGAGGAGGUGGAGAUCAAGAUGAAGAGGGAGCACUACAUGGCCAAGCAGGCGCUGGCCGAGAACCAGUCCUUGGGGAGGAUCUGGGCCGAUACGGACCAGGGAGAUCUGCGACAGCGAGGAUCCAGAACCGAACCAGACCUGGGGAAGAUCCCGGAGGAAACGGGUCUGGGGAAGAUCCCGGAGGAACCGGGUCUGGGGAAGAUCCCGGAGGAACCGGACCCGGGACAGGCAGGGAGCUGCUGAGAUGCUAACAUUGGCUAGCGGCCUCCGGCUACAGCCACAUACAGAAGUUACUACCAGCUGUUUUAGGCCCCGUUUCCACGGAGCAAAAACGGUGGUGUUUUCAUGCGUUUUGGUCGUUCAUUUACAUGAAAACGAAGCUCAAAGUCUCCAAAAACCAUCAUUCCGGAAAACUCCGGCCAAAGUGGAGAUUUUUAAAACAUCAGUCUUCACGUUUGCUUGUAAACAGAAAGAAACGGACAUUUAGGCUUCAGAACGUCACAUUAUGAGACAGAAACGUCACCAGCGUCAUGAGUGACACCUGUGGUUACAAUUAGUUUGUAACCGUCAAUAUUUUCUUGUAUUUUACCUGUUUUAUAUUCUAAAGUCACACUUAAAAGUAACUCCACUUCUCUGUCACUCCAAACGAAAGACUCUGGUUCAUCUUGGAAGUAACUGGAAGUUACUCGUGUAAUUUGUUGAUGUUUUUUUCCAGGAUUCUGAUUGGCUAGCAUGACUUUAUCUUCUCGUUACACUGCCCCCUGCAGGUUUGGCUGCUCAUAGCACCUUAAGGUGAGCAGGUUAGCAGGUUAGCAUGUCAUGUCAGGCUAGCAGGUUAGCAGGUUAGCAUGUUAGCAUGUUAGUAUGUUAGCAGGUUAGCAGGUUAGCAUGUCCUGUCAGGCUAGCAGGUUAGCAGGUUAACAGGUUAGCAGGUCAGCAUGUUAACAGGUUAGCAGGUUAGCAUGUCCUGUCAGGCUAGCAGGUUAGAAGGUUAGCAGGUUAGCAUGUCCUAGCAGGUUAGCAGGUUAGCAGGUUAACAGGUUUGCAGGUUAGCAGGUUAACCGGUUAGCAGGUUAGCAGGUUAGCAUGUUAACAGGUUAGCAGGUUAGCAUGUUAACAAGUUAGCAGGUUAGCAUGUCCUAUCAGGCUAGCAGGUUAACAGGUUAGCAGGUUAGCAUGUCCUAUCAGGUUAGCAGGUUAGCAGGUUAGCAUGUUAGCAUGUCCUGUCAGGUUAGCAGGUUAGCAGGUCCUGUCAGGUUAGCAGGUAAGCAGGUUAGCAGGUUAACAGGUUAGCAUGUCCUGUCAGGUUAACAGGCUAGCAUGUUAACAGGUUAGCAGGUUAACAGGUUAGCAGGUUAGUAGGUUAGUAGGUUAGCAUGUUAGCUGUGGUGUAACAGACCUAUAGACAGUACAUUUUAUAUAAUAUAUGAUUAAAUAAUAUGAUUAAACAAUUAAUAAAACCAUGAUAUGCUGUAUUUUUUAUAUAUCAUUAUUUUUACAAAUUGCUCCUUUAAUCAACUCUUUUAAACUUGUAUGUGGUUUGUUUGAAUUCUGAGGCUCAAGAAACGAAAUAAACCUGAAUGAGAA